AAAAAUUAAAUAUUGAUUUGAGCUUUUUAUCAAUAUUGUCAAUAUGGAAGUAAAAUGUAACCAAUCAACGGUUGUUAAAAAAAAAAAAUGGUCUAUUGAGAAAUUUCUGGCCGAAUUUGAUUUAUCAGAAAAAGAUGGUAAUUUGAAUUAUGCAAAUUUUCAUUCGAUUUGUGUUACGCUUUUUUAUCCACAUGAAAUCAAACAAGAUGAAUGGAGGAUUCGAGAGAUAUUUUGUUUAUUUGAUCUAAACAAAGAUGGUAUAUUGCAGCAACAAGAGUGGAAAACAUUCUGUGAUUGGUUACAAGUGAUACUUGAACCUGUAGAUGCACUUUUGAUUGUAGACGUUCAAAAUGAUUUUAUCGAUGGGUCUUUAGCUCUUCGUGCUUGUGAAGCCAAGCAGGAUGGAGCUGAUGUGGUGGAACCAAUUAAUUAUUUGUUAAAAAAUGGACUUUUCGAUAAAAUUAUUUAUUCAUUAGAUUGGCAUCCGGAUAAUCAUAUCAGUUUUUAUGAAAAUUUACAUUUACGAGAAUUACAUCCAGAUUCAAAGGUAACAAAAGACAAUGCCAAACUAUUUGAUACAGUGAUUUUUGCGGAUCCUUAUUCGGAACAGAUACUUUGGCCUAAACAUUGCGUAAUGAAUACAUGGGGAUCUCAAUUGCACAAAGAUCUUUUGAUUACACCUAAUUCUGUGCAGGUACGUAAAGGUCAAAAUUCAAAUAUGGAGGCUUAUUCUGUAUUUUACGAUAACAAUUAUAAAGAAUCAAUGGAACUGCAAAAAAUUCUAAAUGAAUUAGGUGCGACACGCAUCUUUGUAUGUGGUCUCGCUUACGAUGUUUGUGUAAAAUUUACAUGUUUAGACGGACUUCAGUUAGGCUAUGCUUUGGCUGUUAUUGAUGAUUGUUGUCGUGGUGUUUCGAUACCUAAUAUUGAAAAAACUAAAAAUCUAAUCUAUGAGAAUGGAGGACUUAUCACUAAUAGUCACGAUGUUCUUGGAAUGAUAAACGAGGGAAAACGAAGUCUUAUUAUGAGUCAUCAAAUUGCAAAAGCAAUUUCAUCAAAUUGCAAUAUGAUUUGCCAUGCAAGAAAUUGUAUGAAUUAAUAUCGUACAAUUAAUGUACACAUAUAUCUUGUUUCAGAAA